GCCCCCACAGAGCACGCUUCGCUGCUCGGCCCGCCGCUCGUCGCAUCGCAUCGCAGCCGCGUCCGCGGACAGUGUGCCCGACCCGUCGUGGACGCGCCCAUGGCUUAGCCGAGCCCCGCGAGUGACAACCGCCAGCCGCGGCAACCAGCACCAUGCCGAUGGACAGUGAUACCAUGCAGUGGGUGAGCCGGGACUGGCUGCUCCGAGAGCUGCGCGCCGACGCGUCCCGCCUGGUGACGCUGGACUGCCGCUCCUCGCACGACUACGCCGAGUCCCACAUCAGGCACGCCGUCAACUUCAGCAUCCCCAGCAUCAUGCUGCGGCGGCUCGGCGCCGGCAAGAUCGACCUGGUGUCCACCAUCAAGUGCCGCGACCUGCGCGACCGCAUCGCCUCCGCCUACAAGGACAACGUGUUCGUGGUGUACGCCGACGACGCGGGCCCGCCCGGCGAGACGCUGCAGGUGGUGGCGCGAAGACUGAAGCAGGACGGCUGUCAAGUGGUGUGUCUGGAAGGCGGCUUCCAGUCGUUCCGCUCGUGCUACCCGGAGUGGUGCGAGUCCUGCACCGAGCUGCUGUCCGGCCACCCGGGCCUGGUGUCCACCGAGACCGUGCCGCUCAUGGGGCUGCGCUCGCUCAGGAUAUCCACCUCGUCGGCGGCCACCCUCGCGCAGCGCCACCGGAACCACCUGGGUUCGUCCUGCGGCAGCUCGGCCGCCACCAGCUCCACGGACUCGUCGUCGGACUCGGAGGACAGGUGCGACUCGUCGCUGGGCCUGGAGGACGACCGCGACUUCCUGGUGGAGAUCCUCCCGCACCUGUUCCUGGGCAACGCCGCCAACUCGGAGGACUCGGAGGCGCUUAGUAGAAAUCACAUACAGUACAUUUUGAACGUGACGCCAGACCUGCCCAACGUGUUUGAGGAGUCCGGCUCGAUACGGUAUAUGCAGAUUCCGAUAGCAGACCACUGGAGCCAGAACCUAGCCAAGUUCUUCCCCAAAGCCAUAGAAUUCAUCGACGAGGCCCGGUCCAACCAGAAGGGCGUGCUGGUGCACUGCUUGGCGGGCGUCAGCCGCUCCGUCACCAUCACCGUCGCCUACCUCAUGUACAAGAUGUCGCUCAGCCUGAACGACGCCUUCAACCUGGUGCGGUCGCGCAAGUCCAACAUCGCGCCCAACUUCCACUUCAUGGAGCAGCUGUACAACUUCGAGCGCGAGCUGCACGGGGCCUCCAGCGCCAGCUCCUCCACGGAGUGCAAGUGUGCGCCCGGCUCCACGCCACUGUCCCAGUUCCUGAGCCCGCUGGGCAUCGGCCAGAGCCCCGACUCGGGCAUCGAGUUCGACAGGUGGACGGCCAGCAGCGCCAGCAGCACCACGCCGGGCUCCGCGCCCACGGGCUCGGGCUCGGGGCCGGGGCCCGGGACUGAUUGAGAGGGACAGGGGGGGACUCGCUGGCAAUUCUAGACGGGCCCGUGCGCGGGGCGGCGUGGGCAGCACCACGGCGUGCCACGGCACCACGCUCGCUUGACGUUUCAAAGAAGGAAAGGAGAGGCCGUGCCGUCGGCGGGAUUCGAACCCGGGACCGCCCUGCCAUGUGCGCGCAUGGCUGCCUCGAGUUCAAAUCUCUCUCUCGGUCGAGGUCGUCUUCCUCUGGGCAACUCGCGCUGUUCUCUGCGUUGGUCGGUGUUGGUGCUGGGAAAUCAUAAGGGAAAUUCGCGUUCGUUUCGUGAUUUUGUAUCGACGGGCUGAAUUUGUUGUCAAUGUAGGGGAAGUUUCUCAUUUUUCCAUCUGAACGGCACCAAGUGACAAAGUGCCUCUCAUCUGACUGAUAAAGUACGACUGCAAUCAGUACCUUUUUGUAUGGAUUUCCCUCGUGCAUCUCCUUGCAGCACUCCGACUCUAAUUGGGAACUCGUUUACAAGAGCCAGCCUCCUCCCCUGCUUAGCGACACGUUAUGUGUGGCGUAUAAGUUGUUAUUGUGAUGUUAAUAGGUAUUGUUUUCAAUUUGAUUUCUUAAUAACUCCUGUCAUCAGAUAAGAUUUUUGGUUGUCAUCUGUAAAGGAUUGUGUAAGAAAUUAAUAUGCAGGAUGGAUUGGAAUCCUAGCACCAAUCAUCAUGUAUUAGGCAUUACACAAAAUAUCCUUCUAAGCUGCGUGACUUUGUAUGUUAUUGCUGUCAUUUCUUUAGAUUUGCUUUCUUUGAAAGCUUACUCAAUUAUUCUUUGAGAUUUCUUACACAGCACUACCGAGUGCACUCUGUUUAAGCAGCCAGAAAUAUUUUAUCUUUGAUGAUUAGAGUUUCCUCCUACCCUUGUCUACAGUAGAGACUUUUCAGAUUAAGCAAAGUAUUACUCAUAGCAACAUAAAGCAUAUCUAUUUCUCACGGGGCAGGUGUUUCAUCUUGUCUCACCAUGUUGACCAGUUACAAUUUGUUUUCUCUUUAACACUACUAAGUUGUAUUAAUCCUCUUUACAUGAACUUAGUGUACAUUCAUAUCUUAAAUUAUAAAUGGCCAACUUUUAGCUAGUCUGCAUAUAUAAUUGUUGUUAGAUGAGUGUCUAUGCUGUAUGGUCAAUUUGUUGUGUUCAACUCCUGGGAGUUUUUCAACUUUCGGAGUUUUCCAAGAUUAACUUCUGGCAAGUUUGUGGAGAGAGAGAAGGCAAGCAAAUUUUCUUCCAUUCAAUUUUAUUUUACAUGUAAAUUAACUCUAACUCUGGAGUUGGAUACCUUCAGAUGUUACUUGUAGUAACUUUUUACCUUCAUUUGGUUUUUCAUAAAUUAAAGAGUUCUUUGAUUUUUCUCCUGUGCUGUGAUAUUUUUGUUAUGCAUUUCAUGACUUCUCCACAGGAGUGACAGUUUGUUGAGUGAGAAUCAACUGAAAGCUUUAGUUUUAUAUCUGUAGUUACAUUGUUUUGUUUCUUAUUGUGUCAGUAAGCAAUACUUCUUAACUGUUGCUUUCUGGAAGCCUUAUGGGGCAUUUCUGCUCAGUGCCAUGUGAGUAAGUGUGACAAAUUUUUACCUUUUCCUGUUUGUGUAAGUGAAUCAAAAAUGUUUUAGCUGUUACAGGCAGUUUUGAAUGUAUGUAUGUUAUACUAUUUUGCAGCCCAGAUCUAAAGGGUUUGCGUCUUCAUCUUUCUUCUCGAUAUCUUUCAUGUUGUUAUUUUUUGUGUGUUCAAGUUUGUCUAUACAUGAACACUAGAUUGCACAAAAUUUAUUGAAACAUAGUGGUUACCUUAAAAAGUAUUCUCAUAUUUUCUAUUGUAUCUUGUAAGCUUUGCAUACUUAAUUUAUUUCAAGGAGACAAGAAAGAUCUAAUUUUAUUGUUAAAUAUAGCAAUUAAAUAUUCCUUUUGACAUAUUGUGGACGUAUUGUGUGACAUCUCGUUCUGAAAUUUAUCACUGAUCUUGUAUAGUGGUUCACUUUCUACAUGUAAAUGAUAUUGCUAUAUAUAUAUAAAUAUAUAUUCAGGUUUUAUAGAGUAUUAUGAAUAUGUAUCUCAAAGUAUUACUUGUGCAAUCACUACUCCUGUAACAGUGCUGAUAAUAUUUUUGUUUCAAUUUCCGUGAUAAAUAUUUAAAAGUGUAGGCGCACAAUUUAAAAUUGAAGUGUUUUAGUUACCAUACUUCAAGUAUGGCUAUCCUGUGAUUUUCCACUACUAUGCAUUUACUUUGUAACACAAACAAUGCUUUUGGAUCUACACUGCCACUCAGUUGAACAUAAUGCCUGUAUAGUAUCAACCCUAAAGUUAUUACUAGCUAACAUUCCAAGAUGGAUUAAAAGUUUUCAUUGAAAAAAUUCAAAUUGUGCUUGCUUGGGGCAUGACAUUGUAUUGUUUACCCUCUCUAAAAUUGGUCCAUAAAGCUGUUGCUUCAGUUUGUUAGCUUUAGCAUAUUUUAUAAUGUUUAAACGAAUCCUUUGCUGAUGCCAUGUUUUGAUGAAUUUAUGAUGUAUACAGAUUGUUUGACACAUUUACUCUUUGUGUUUGUGGCCUCACGUGUUAUUGUGGAGCCAUUGGAUCCCUGAGGACUGUCUCUGCGUGCCAUAAAAUCAUUUACCUACAGUAUGCCUUCAUCUUUAACUCAUGUUAUGGUUUUGUAAUUAAAUGAAACUAAUUUCCCUCCA